UCUCUUCCUCGUAGUGUUUUAUUCUCCGCUGAAAUUUCGUCUUCAAACAGUUUGAAAUUUUAUUCAUAUCAAUCAGUAAAUCCCCAAAAACUGCCCUUGACUCUCUUUCCCAAAACCCCCGGAUCGCCGGCCUCCGCCAUGGGAACUCGCCGGAAAUUCCAGCGGCGGCUCCGGCCGGUUCAAUGCACUCAGGACUCACGACGAAAUUAGUGGGGGAGGAACCAAAAAGGAAAAAAAGAAAUGAAGUCUAGAUCCUGAAAAAGGAACAGAGUGUUCGAAAAUUGUUGAAAGUUCAAAGCUAUUUUUUUGGGCGCAAUGGCGGCUACGAACGCGUCUACACCAACAACGGCGGCUCCGGCAGUGGAGAGUGGGAGUUCCUCAGCAGAUGAGGUGACUGCAAAAGCCGUACAGAAGCGAUACGAAGGACUGGUAAUGGUACGGACGAAGGCUAUAAAGGGUAAAGGGGCUUGGUACUGGGCUCACCUCGAACCCAUCCUCGUCCACAAUACUGACACUGGUUUGCCCAAAGCCGUUAAACUCAGGUGUUCUUUAUGCGACGCCGUUUUCUCCGCCUCAAACCCUUCUCGGACCGCCUCCGAGCAUCUCAAACGCGGCACUUGCCCCAAUUUCAAUUCCCUCCCUAAACCCAUUUCCUCUGUUUCCCCUUCCUCUUUUCUUCCUCCAACUCCCACUUCUCCACCGCCCCUUCACCAUAGCAAUAACCGCAAACGAACCUCUUCCGCCGUCACCUCAUCUGGUGGCGGCGGCGGCGGAGGUGGAGGGUCUUCAUACCAAGUCUCACCUCUUGCGAUUGUGGAUCCUUCGCGGUUCUGCGGCGAGCUGACGUAUUCACAGUCGCAUCCGCAUUUGAUGUUAUCAGGUGGGAAGGAGGAUUUGGGGGCUUUGGCUAUGUUGGAGGACAGUGUGAAGAAGCUUAAGAGUCCUAAAACUUCACCAGGGCCAACGCUGAGCAAGACGCAGAUUGAUUGUGCAAUUGAUUUUCUCGCCGAUUGGGUUUAUGAAUCGGGCGGUUCUGUGUCGUUUUCGAGCUUGGAACAUCCGAAAUUCAGGGCUUUUCUUAACCAAGUUGGACUACCCACAAUUUCUCGCCGGGAUUUUACGAAUUCCCGACUGAAUUCGAAGUUCGAGGAGGCUAAAGCAGAGUCUGAAGUUAAGAUUCGGGAUGCUAUGUUUUUCCAGCUCGCCUCCGAUGGGUGGAAGGACAAAAACUACGCCGUUUUUGGGAUUGAUAAGCUUGUGAAUCUCACUGUGAAUCUCCCCAAUGGGACUAGCUUGUACCGGCGGGCCGUGUUCGUGAGUGGCUCUGUUCCUUCUUCGUACGCCCAGGAAAUUUUGUGGGAAACCGUUGCUGAUAUCAGUGGGAAUGUUGUUCAACAGUGUGUAGGGAUUGUAGCAGACAAGUUCAAGGCUAAGGCACUGAAGAAUUUGGAGAAUCAAAAUAACUGGAUGGUUAAUCUCUCUUGUCAGUUUCAGGGUUUUUCAAGUUUGGUUAAGGAUUUCAGCAAACAGCUCCCAUUGUUCAAGAGUGUAACUGAGCAUUGUAUGAAGCUUGCUAAUUUCGUUAAUUACAAGUCUCAGAUUCGUAAUUGCUUCCAUAAAUUUCAGCUGCAAGAGUACGGUAAUGCCACUUUACUCCGAGUGCCUCCCCGUGACCAUGAGAAGCUCAACUUUGGGCCCAUCUUCACUUUAAUGGAGGACAUUCUCAGCUUCUCUCGAGCUCUGCAGUUAGUUGUGCUCGAUGAGACCUGGAAAAUUGCUUCGAUGGAUGACCCGAUAGCGAGAGAAGUUGCCGAGUUAAUUGGGGAUGUGGGAUUUUGGAAUGAACUGGAAGCAGUUCACUCUUUGGUUAAAUUAGUAACAGAAAUGGCUGUUGAGAUCGAGAAAGAUAGGCCACUGGUUGGGCAAUGCCUCCCAUUGUGGGAUCAACUGAGGGGAAAGGUCAAAGAUUGGUGUUCAAAGUUUCAGAUUGCUGAAGGGCCUGUUGAGAAAGUGAUUGAAAAGAGAUUCAAAAAGAACUACCACCCGGCUUGGGCUGCGUCAUUUAUCCUCGAUCCAUUGUAUUUAAUAAGGGACACGAGUGGGAAGUACCUCCCACCAUUCAAGUGCUUAACUCCUGAUCAAGAGAAGGAUGUGGAUAAGCUCAUAACCCGGCUCGUGUCGAGGGAGGAAGCUCACAUUGCGUUGAUGGAGCUUAUGAAAUGGAGGACAGAAGGGCUUGAUCCAGUUUAUGCAAGAGCUGUACAAAUGAAGGAAAGAGAUCCUGUAACUGGAAAAAUGAGAGUUGCUAAUCCACAAAGCAGUAGGCUUGUUUGGGAAACUUAUCUUACAGAAUUCAAAUCAUUAGGCAAAGUUGCAGUGAGGCUCAUAUUCCUUCAUGCUACUUCAUGUGGAUUCAAAUGCAAUUGGUCUUUGUUGAGAUGGGUGUCUUCUCAUACUCAUCAAAAGGCUGGUAUGGACAAGGCACAGAAGUUGAUAUUCAUUUCGGCUCAUUCCAAGCUUGAGCGGAGGGAUUUUUCCACCGACGAAGACAAGGAUGCCGAGCUAUUCUCCCUAGCCAAUGGUGAGGAUGAUGUGCUUAAUGAAGUCUUCGCCGAUACAUCCUCGGUGUAACGGUUUUCAAUAUAUAUUUUUUUUUCUUCCAAAUCUAAAUUUUUAGAUUCUUAGGAUUUAUUGAAUUCUUUUCACCAUUUUUCUCCUUGAUUUGUAUCAAAUUUAUUUUACCUUCCUUAGAAGAUUUUGGGGGAUGUAGGGUGGAAGAAACAGGGUUUGUUCAUAUGAGAUUGACUUUUGUAUUCCUCGAAAAUGCAUUGCGCCCUCAUGACUUUGGCGAUUGCUUGGCUUAUCCUUAAUUUUCUAUUUCUCCAUGUCAGUUCAGUUUGCAGAAAAAAGAAGAAAACCUUCCAUAUUAGAGAAUGGUGUAAGCAAGAGCCACAAACAACAUUAGAACUCUGUAAACUCUUUUGCUAGUUUAGCAUUGUUGUCAAUACUUAUUACUAAAAGGAAAACCUCUUUUCUCAUUCUUCA